AGGAUCCUCUCAAUUAUAAAUGUUCCAUGAAUAGAUGACUGAUAUGCGCUUUUCUUAGGCUUCAGCCUGCCUUCCUGGGCCAGAUAUUGGUGCACUUCUUAUUGUAAGCCUCCUCGGCCAAUAACAUCACGAGGGUCGAUUGAUCAGAUGAGUUACUUUGUCUUCCCUUUUCUACCGACAAUACACAACACACUAGAGACCGACAAUGCCGAGUUUGCUUGUGGCUGGUUUUCUUUGUGAUGUUAUAGCAUCUUCUGUCCAUUGUUCUUGCUUCUGUGGGUUCCAGGGGUUGAUAUUUAAAAGAGACCUAGAAUGCUAGGAGACAUUUUUCAGCUCUUCGACUCGGCCCUUUGACUUUGACUUUCAGACUCAUCUUUUUCAAGAUGUCAGAUCUCUUCUCUCCCCAAGCCCUCUCCACCAUUCUUGAUCGCCAUUCUUUCUUGUACAAUCAACCCGAGACACUCGAAUCCAUCACUCAGGAUUUUCUCAGCAACUUGACUCUCAUCAAAGAUAAAGCGAUCAUGGUAAAGCUGAUCGGCGGUCAUGCUGCCAGCAAGCAGUUUUACUACUCCUUUCGCGAUACUUCGGGUCUGGAUUUUAUCAUCACAUACCCCGAAACGGUGAAGGAUUUCCUCCUUUCCAAACAUCCCGAGAAGUAUUAUCUGCACUUCAAGGGUUCCCAAACGACCCUCAUCUACCGAGGAUCAUUCAUGCCUCUUGAACACCCCGUCGCUGUCAGCAUGCAUCCAAUCGAAGAGACGUCCAACACCUCUACCUUAUAUGCGAGCAUUUUGGAUCUCAUAAUCAUGAAAAUCAAAUGCAUUAUUGACUGGGCACGCAACAGCCAGCUAAAGGCACAGGAUUACGAUGACCUUCACGAGCUCGUAAAACUUCGAAAUCGACAAGACCGAACGGCCUUGGAUGCAAGCGAAUUCCUACACGCUCGGUAUAUCCACUGUUAUUUCGACGACGUUGCCUUUUGGGAUAUUUCCGAUGUGCUGAAAUCUUGGGUCACAGACAUGAUGGACGCGAAAGGCAACCUCAUCGACCCAGGCAAAGGGCAUCAGGUCUUUAGAUUUGAGAGCCGCGGUGAACAGAAGGUGAAGUGGGAAGAAAUGUCCCCGAUGUACAAAUGUAAAAAACGGAUGCUUACUCCCGUUGAUACCAUUCACCUGGCCGACUUUUUCAAGUAA